AUGUCCGCAAAGCCUGUUGCACUCAUCCUGGGAGCCGGCCCUCGCAUUGGCAGCGCGGUGGCUCAAAAGCUCGCCAGUAGCGGUUACGCCGUCGCUGUCGCCUCGAGAAAGGGAACAGAAAGCCUCAGCCAUGAAGGAUUCCUCGCUAUCAAGGCCGACCUAUCCCAGCCUGCUUCCGUCGAGACGGCAUUCGACGCCGUCAAGGCCACAUUCGGCGCGUCCCCAGGCCUCGUUGUAUACAAUGCUGCAGCUCUGACGCCACCGCCAGUCCCAAACUCGAUCCUCUCUAUCCCGGUAGAGAGCGUUGCUUCCGACCUGAACGUCAACACCGUCAGCCCAUAUAUCGCUGCCCAGCAGGCGGUUGAGGGGUGGACUACUCUUCCAGAGGAUGUCACCAAAGUGUUCAUUUACACUGGUAACAUUUCGAAUACGAAGAUCAUCCCAUUUCCUUUCACGACGACGCUUGGCGUUGGAAAGUCGGCUUCUUCGUACUGGCUUAGCUUCACUAAUAUUGUCGCUCGAAUUAGAUUCUUCUAUGCCGAUGAGCGCAAUGUUGACGGUAGUAGCAAAUCCCUGGCCGUGGACGGUGAUGCUCACGCUGAGUUUUACGCGCAGCUGGCGACUGGAGAUAAUGAUAUUCCGUGGCACGCUACGUUCGUGAAAGGCCAAGGAUACACCAAGUUUUAG